UAUAUAAAGACAUCUAGGUUUAGGGUUUUCUCAAAAGUGAGUCCGUCGAAGCCGCCCAAGAGAGUUGAGAAAGAUGAAGACCAUACUUUCCUCAGAGACAAUGGACAUCCCCGAUGGGGUUAGCAUCAAAGUGAAGGCCAAGAUUAUCGAAGUUGAGGGCCCCAGGGGUAAGCUCACCCGCAACUUCAAGCACCUCAACCUUGAUUUUCACCUCAUCAAGGACGAGGAGACCGGCAAGCGCAAGCUCAGGAUCGAGGCUUGGUUCGGCUCCAGGAAGACCAGCGCCGCCAUCCGCACCGCUCUCAGCCACGUUGAGAAUCUCAUCACCGGUGUCACCAAGGGAUACCGUUACAAGAUGAGGUUCGUCUACGCUCACUUUCCCAUCAACGCCUCCAUCACUAACGGCAACAAGUCCAUCGAGAUCCGUAACUUCCUUGGCGAGAAGAAGGUGCGUAAGGUGGAUAUGUUGGAAGGGGUUUCCAUUGUUCGAUCUGAGAAGGUCAAGGAUGAGAUCACUUUGGAUGGUAACGAUGUUGAACUUGUGUCACGCUCAGCAGCUUUGAUAAACCAGAAAUGCCAUGUGAAGAACAAGGAUAUCAGAAAGUUCCUUGAUGGUAUCUAUGUUAGCGAGAAGGGCAGGAUCAUUGAAGACGAAUGAUUCUUGACGAAUGAUUCUUGAGUCAUAGUUAUAGUGCUGCUUUACUUUUAUGUCGUAGUCGUAUCUUGGGACCUUGGUUUUUGUUUUGCCUUUACUUUUUCCCUGGAUUUUAGCUGCAGAGUACAA